AUGCAAAAACGACGAAAAAUAUUUGUCAAUAUGAAGCCACCAACAUCAGAAAUGGACGCAAACGGACGACUUCAUAAUCAUUCCUAUGUGCCCAACCGAAUCCGUACAGCAAAAUAUACGACUCUUAAUUUUAUACCAAAAAACUUGUUUGAGCAGUUUAGAAACGUUGCAAACUUAUACUUUCUCUUCCUCGUCAUUUUACAAUGCAUUCCUGUAUUUGGUGUCACCAAUCCUGCAAUAUCAGCCAUGCCACUGAUCUGUAUUCUUGCUUUGACAGCAAUCAAAGACGGCAUUGAAGAUUUGAAAAGAAAUCAAAGUGAUAAAAAAGUCAAUUGCGCUAAGACACUCACAUUAUGUCAUUGGAAAAAUGUCAAUAUACCAGAGGAGAAGAAGAGUUCUUUACAUUUUCUUCAUGUCUUUUUUGGCUUUUUUUAUUUACCUUCUCCGAAUCAUUUAGCUCCACCGCAGCAAAAGACUUUUUAUGCAAAAGUAAGACAACGAUCAGAUACACUUCGAUCAGAAUUCAGCAAUAUGUUUAGCAUAGCCACUCGAAAGAAGUUUUAUCGUCCUGGCUCUAUUCCUCACAACGUAUUACAGAGAGCUCCCACUCCCAGCAUUCGACGUAAGUCCUCCUCUAUCCAUCCUGUGCCUACAUGUCAAGUAGGUUGGCAAGAACUUCAAUGGCAAGAUGUGCAAGUCGGUGACUAUGUUAUGAUUCGAAAUAACGAAGAUGUUCCGGCAGAUAUUGUUAUUUUGUCAACGUCAGAAACAGAUAAUUUAUGCUAUGUCGAGACGCAAAAUUUGGAUGGCGAGACUAACCUGAAAGUACGUCAAGGUCUACGUGCCACAAGUGAACUGCGAUCAGUUCAUGAUUGCGAACGAGCAUUUUUCUAUUUCGAGACAGAACCACCUCACGCCAAUUUAUACCAAUACAACGGCGUUAUGCGUUGGAAUAUUGAAGAGCCUGCUCAAGCAGAGACAACAGUAUCUCAUCAAAAGACUGAAGCUGUGACCUACAACAAUCUAUUAUUACGUGGUUCAAUAUUAAGAAAUACAAAAUGGGCUAUUGGCAUUAUCAUUUUCACCGGUGAUGAAACAAAGAUUAUGCUUAAUUCUGGUAAAACACCCUCAAAACGUACUUUAGCCAACGCUAACUUUGAUUCGCCCGGCUCAGCUCAUUUUUUCAAUUAUGGAAUCGAAGGUUCCAAUGCGACUUAUUUGGGCUUUAUCACAUUUUGGGUCUGUUUAAUUUUAUACCAAAACAUCGUGCCUAUCUCUUUGUAUAUUUCAGUAGAAAUUGUCAAAACACUUGCAGCGUACUUCAUCUAUGCCGAUGUUGACAUGUAUCAUGAGCCAACAGAUACCCCUUGUAUACCUAAAACAUGGAAUAUUUCAGAUGAUCUUGGACAAAUUGAGUAUGUAUUUUCAGACAAAACAGGCACACUUACUCAAAAUGUUAUGGAAGCCAAAAAAUGCACCAUUAAUGGCGUAUCCUACGGUAUGGGCAAAACAGAAACAUCAAUGGGCGCUGAUAUUAGACGUGGGUCUUUCGAUGGCAACAAUCAAGGCAAUGACAUUAACAUGGAAAAGGCCAAAGAGGCCAUGUAUUCGAAACAACGAGAGUUAUUCGAGAACAAAUACCUCGGUUCUAAUCCAACUUUCAUCGAUCCUAAAUUUUUCGAAGAUCUCAGCCAACAAGGCUCAAGUCAUGCAGCUGCGAUGGUUCACUUUUACACAUCUUUGGCCUUAUGUCACACCGCAAUUGCUGAACGUCCUGAUAAGAAUAAUCGUUACUUCCUUGAAUAUAAAGCUCAGUCACCUGAUGAAGCAGCCUUAGUAGCAUCAGCGCGCGAUGUCGGUUUUGUAUUCUUAGGUCGCGAAGCCAAUACAUUAACAGCAGAAAUUAUGGGUCAAGUCAAGAAAUUCGAGCUUUUGAAUGUUUUAGAAUUCAAUUCAACAAGAAAGCGCAUGAGCGUAAUCAUUAAACCUCAUGAUAGCAGCAAAAUUGUUUUGCUCUGUAAAGGUGCUGAUUCCGUUAUUUACGAACGUCUAUGUUCUGACUUUGGCGAUCAGAUAGAGCUACAAAAACAACAAACUCAACUGAAAGACACUACUUCUGAACAUCUGGAAAAAUUUGCUAAUGAGGGCUUACGUACCCUCUGUUUAGCUUACCGUUUUAUCUCGGAAAAAGACUAUAAGGUCUGGAAUAAGCGCUAUCAGGAAGCUAGUGCUGCUAUCUAUAAUCGUGACGAUAAGAUUGACGAGGUCUGUGAAGAGAUUGAAACUGAAAUGUUGUUGAUUGGUGGUACUGCUAUUGAAGAUCGUUUGCAAGAUGGGGUUCCUGAAACAAUUGCCCUGUUGGCCCGAUCGGGUAUCAAGCUUUGGGUUUUAACUGGUGACAAAACAGAAACUGCUAUUAACAUCGGUUUUUCAUGUAAUUUACUUACGUUGGAAAUGGAACUGAUUGUUGUGAAAGCCGAUGACCGUGAUUCAGUUGUUGGAGAGCUUGAAAAGGCUAUUAAAAAAAUAGAAUCUGUUGGCGUAGACAAACGUUGUGCCUUAGUCAUUGAUGGAGUUACGUUGAAAUAUGCCUUGGAACCGAAAAACAAGGAUCUUCUGCUAAGCCUCGGUACUCAAUGUGCUAGUGUUAUUUGCUGUCGUGUCAGUCCUAAGCAAAAGGCUGAAGUUGUCCGUUUGGUUAAAAAGGGUCUCAAUGUUAUGACUUUAGCGAUUGGUGAUGGUGCCAACGAUGUUUCGAUGAUUCAAGAAGCUAAUGUCGGUAUAGGUAUUUCCGGUGUUGAAGGCCGUCAAGCGGUUAUGGCUUCUGAUUAUGCUAUUGCUCAGUUCCGUUUCUUACAAAAGCUCCUAUUAGUUCAUGGUCGUUGGUCUUACCUUCGCACAGCUGAAAUGAUUAUGACCUUCUUUUUUAAGAAUAUCGUCUGGACGUUUGUUCUUUUCUGGUACCAAAUCUUCUGCCAAUUUAACGGAUCUAUGACAUACGAUUAUAUUCUCGUUGUCUGUUAUAAUUUGGUAUUUACUUCACUACCAGUCAUUUUUAUGGGCAUUUGGGAUCAAGACGUCAAUGCUAGAAUAUCCCUCCUUUACCCGGAAAUGUACCGCACCGGCCUUCGCAAUGAUAAGUUCAAAUCUUGGCGGUUUUACUUGACCGUCUUUGAUUCCAUCUUUCAAUCGGCUGUUUGCUUCUUCAUUCCCUACAUGUUGUUGCUUGGUGGCCCCUUGGACCCUCAAGGUCGCGAUCAGAAUGGCAUGUACGAGUUUGGUACGAUUGUGUCAAGUAUUGCUGUUAUUGUUGCGAACUUCUUUGUAAUGUUUUCUAUAUACAGCUUUACAUGGCUUCAGGUGGGUAUUAUAUCAUUGUCCAUCUUGGUCUACUACGCAAUCGUUUGUAUAUACUCUCAAAUCAAUACAUUCAUAUUUAUGGGACAUCAUCAGUUGUUCGGCACUGGCAAUUACUGGAUGACACUUAUCUUGACUGUGGUUGCCUGCUUCCUUCCUCGUAUUUGUGCUAAGCAUUAUCUGCAUCAAUACCAUCCUUAUGAUAAUGAUAUUGUUCGAGAGCAGGAAUUGGUCUUAUACAGUGGACGGUCGUCUGAAAAGAAGUGUAAUUACCAAUAUAUGAAUGGAAGCAGCAUUGAAACAAAAGUACCCACAGAUGACAAAGAUGGAAUUAACGACAAAGUGAAACGCUAUAAUUUUAACGAAGAAAAGCCGAUUGCUUAG